GUGGCAGCCAAGAUGGCGGCCGAGCGGGCGGCGCCGUCGGGUCCGGGCCCGGGGCUGAGCCUACCGGGAAUGCUUCACUUCCUGCAACGGGAGUGGUUCCGGUUCGAGGCCGAGCGGGGCCGGUGGGAGGCGGAGAGAGCGGAACUGCAGGCACAAGUGGCCUUCCUGCAGGGUGAGCGCAAGGGGCAGGAGAACCUCAAGAGUGACCUCGUGCGGCGCAUCCGGAUGCUGGAGUCUGCCCUCAAACAGGAGAGGUCCAAGUACCAUAAACUGAAGUUCGGCACCGACCCCAUUCAAGGGGAUAGGAAAGAAGGGGCAGAACCCGCAACCAAUGGCCCCAUGGAUGUGGCAGCAACAGAUGGGGCCCCAUUGGCCUGGAAGGAGGGUCGGCAGCUCCUGCGGCAGUACCUGGAGGAAGUGGGGUGCAGUGACACCAUCCUGGACAUGAGGUCCCGGCGCGUGCGCUCCCUAUUGCCUCGGGGCCCCCCCAUCCCCACAGGUGGGAGCCCCCCAAGUGCAGCGUCCCCAUUGCUGCGGCGCAUCCAGGAGCAGAUCCAGAGGAAUGCCGGGAAGGAGCCGGAUGAGCAGGAGCAGAUCCUGUUCCCAUCGGGAGAGGAUGAGGACAGUGAUGAAGAGGAGGAUGGGGACGGAGCCCAGCCCCCCCCCGGGCAGCCCCAGCACAAGAAGCAGAGGGUGAAGCUGCCCCCCAGCCCUGUGCUGCCCGAGGUGGACGAUGACGAUGAUGAUGAUGAUGAUGAUGAUGACUCCGAAGAUGCCCUCAAUGAGUUUGACUUCCUGGGCUCUGGGGACACCAGGGGUCAAGGGGACCCCAUGGAGCUGGAGCGGCGCCGGGGCCGUUGGGCUGAGCUGAGGGACGUGGAUGGGCUCCUGCCCACAGGCUCUGUGGGGCCAGCGCGGCCUCCGGAAGGCACCCCCACAUCCUCUAUGGGCAUCACCCCUGACGCCUUCAUCCUGGACCCCAUUGGUGCUGACCCCGUCCCCCUUGGGGACCUGGCAGAGCUCACAGUGACCAAUGACAGCGAGCUGGGCUGUGAUGCUCCGCCCCCAGGGGGCAGGUGCUGGAGCCCCCUCCUUGCUCUGCGGGGUCACCUGGACGCGGUUCGGGGCGUGACCUUUCACCCCAUAGCCCCUGCCCUGCUCACGGCCUCUGAGGACGGCACCGUCCGGCUAUGGGACCUGCGGCGAGCGCCGGCAGCGCGAAGGUCAGCAGCUGUGGACGUGGAGCCUGUAUAUGCAUUCCGAGGGCACAGGGGUCCGGUGCUGGCCGUGGCCAUGGGCUGUGACCCAGGGCUGUGCUGCACUGGUGGCCUCGAUGCCUGCAUCCGAUGCUGGCGCCUGCCUGAGCUCCAGCGGGACCCAUAUGAUGGCUACGACCCCCAGGUGCUCAGUGCUGUCCUGGAGGGACACCAUGAUGCUGUGUGGGGCCUGGUCUUCAAUGGGGCCGGUGACCGUCUGGCCUCGUGCUCUGCCGACGGCACCGUCCGCGUCUGGGACCCACGGCGAGGGGAGAACCUGCUCACCUAUGAGCCCCAGAGCGAACACGGUGUCCCCACCUCGGUCACCUUCUCGGCCAUGGAGCCAGGCCGUGCGGUGGUUGCGUUCCGCACCGGUGCCAUUGUGCUCUAUGAUGUGGAGAUGGCUCAGCCGGUGCUGGUGCUGGACCCCCGGCAGGGAGGUGGCGGUUGCCAGGUGAACCAGGUUGUCAGUCACCCCUCCCAGCCCGUCUCCAUCACAGCCAGUGACGACCGCAGCAUCCGCUUCCUGGACCACAGGACAGGUAAAGUGGUUCACUCCAUGGUGGCCCAUUUGGAUGCUGUCACCUGCCUGGCGGUUGAUCCCAAUGGAGUCUUCCUCAUGUCUGGAAGCCACGACUGCUCCCUGCGCCUGUGGCACCUGCCCCAGCCCCGGUGCCUGCAGGAGCUCCGUGCCCAUUGCCGCAAGCACCAGGAGGCCGUUCAUGCCGUGACCUUUCACCCCUGCCAGAGCCUCUGUGCCAGCGCCGGAGCCGAUGCCAUCGCCAAGGUGUUCGGGUGACACCGGGGGGGGCAUGGAAACAACACCCCAACAACAACAACCACACUGAGGGGUAUGGGGGGGGGGAUCUGCUGCCCCUCGGGGGGUGAUUAUGGGCUCCAGGUGCCCCUCUGAGGGUAAUUAUGGGCUCUAGAUACCCCUCUGGGGGUAAUUAUGGGCUCUAGGUGCCCCUCUGAGGGUGAUUAUGUGAUCUAGGUACCCCUCUGAUGGUAAUUAUGGGCUUUAGAUGCCCCUCUGAGGACAGUUAUGG